AUGGGCUACAUUGCGGACCUGCUGAACGAAAACACGCGUGAGGCGGCCCUGCUUGAGCUGAGCAAGAAGCGGGAACAGGUGCCGGAGCUGGCGCUUAUCUUGUGGCAUUCAUUUGGUGUCAUGACCUCGCUCCUUCAGGAGAUCAUCUCGGUCUACUCGCUACUCAAUCCGUCACAGCUCACGGCGGCGGCCUCGAACCGGGUCUGCAACGCGCUGGCGCUUCUUCAGUGUGUGGCCUCGCAUAACGAGACGCGCACGCUCUUCCUCAGCGCGCACAUUCCCCUGUUCCUCUACCCGUUCCUCAACACGACGUCCAAGUCGCGGCCCUUUGAGUACCUGCGGCUCACGUCGCUGGGCGUGAUUGGUGCCCUGGUCAAGAACGACUCCUCCGAGGUGAUCAACUUUCUCUUGACGACGGAGAUCAUUCCGCUAUGCCUGCGCAUUAUGGAGACGGGCUCUGAGCUGAGCAAGACGGUGGCCAUCUUCAUCGUGCAGAAGAUCUUGCUGGACGACAAUGGUCUGAACUACAUCUGCGCCACCUACGAGCGGUUUUAUGCUGUCGGCACCGUUCUUAGCAACAUGGUUGCACAGCUGGUCGAGCAGCAGACGGCCCGCCUCCUUAAGCAUGUUGUGCGCUGCUUCUUGCGACUCUCUGACAACGCCCGCGCCCGUGAGGCGCUUCGCCAGUGCCUCCCCGAACCUCUUCGCGACGCCACCUUCUCUUCAGUGCUGCGUGACGAUGCGGCCACGAAGCGCUGCCUGGCCCAGCUCCUCAUCAACCUUUCUGACAACAUCGUGGAGCCGGGAACGGGCCACCCGUCUAUUUGA